GGAAGACAGUCAGAGAACAUAUUGCGUGCAAGUUUUAUUCUUUAAUUUAACAUAACAUCACAAAAAUGAUUUGUGUCAAUUAUUAACAAUAGAAUAAAGUGUAGAGUAAAAUUAAUCAUUGUGGAAUGACAUUUAUUGGAACACUUUCACAAAUUUUCUACACAAAAUUUGGUCCUUCGAGUCGAAUAUUUCGGCUAUGAACAAAUAACAAAAAGCUGCAGAUCAAAGAGCAAUAGUGUGUAAUCCGCAAUCAACGGGACAAUUGCGCUAUUUGUGAAAAUUCUGAUAUUUCCCAUUACGCAGUCCAAAACACAGGAAGAAUUUUUUUGAGCUUAAACCAUAUUAGCCAUAUUCUUUCGAAACGACUCUUCAGUUCAACGAAACAAAGAGCAGGUUAUUGGAUGUCUAACGUGUAUCCUCACACACACACAUUUCAUCAGGAGCUGCAAACAUCUCUCUUAAUUUAAUAAACACACCAACCGAAAAGGAAAACUUUAUCGUACCAAUCCUUUAACGGAAUAGCCUAAGUGUUUAUUAUACAUUAUAAAUCGGUAACGUAUAAUCAUGGCGAAUAUGGAAGCGAUAACUAGACUUAAGCGAGCGCGCGGUGCAACAAAGGGUCAAUUGACGCGUGCGUAUAAUUGGAUUCGAGCUUUCAACGUGCGAGAUCAUGCAAUCGAAGAAGUCGAGAUUCGAUUAUUCGUAAUUGAAAAAGCUUGGAUGGAUUUUCGCGAAAAGCAAGACGCGCUCAUAAAUCUCGAUCCCGCGUUUGAGAACGAUGGUGAAUUGGAGGCGGUUGAGGUUGAUUAUUAUGCAGCAACCGCGGCCGCGUCAGCAAUUAUCGCCACAAAACAACAACAAGCCAAUCAACUUCAAAAUACUGUCCUGAAUUUCCAAAACACAAGUAAUCGAGUCAAUCCGAUAAAUGAAAUAAAGCUCCUGCCGAUAAAUUUACCAUCGUUCAAUGGAUCUUAUGAUCAAUGGCCGAAUUUUCGUGAUACAUUUAAAGCUAUAGUCGACGAAAAUAAAAAUUUCUCGGAUAUUAAGAAACUGUAUUAUUUGAGAUUGGCACUGAAAGGUGUAGCUGCCAAAAUCAUUGCGUCAAUAGAGAUGUCUGCCGAAAAUUAUCAAGUCGCGUGGAAGCUUCUUGAAGGACGUUACGAAAAUAAACGUGUACUUGUUCAUCAUCACUUACAAGCAUUAAUCAAAUUCCCUGCGAUCCAAAAAGAAUCUCAUUCAUCGUUGCGUCAACUACUGGUUACAACGGAAAAGCACGUUCGCGCUCUUAAAAAACUCGGUCAACCCACAGACCAGUGGAGCACUAUUCUUGUGCAUUUAAUGACUGCAAAAUUUGAUAAUAUCACGAAGCGUGAUUGGGAAAGCAAGACUUCUUCGAAGGAGAUCGCAACGUAUGAUCAAUUCAUUGAGUUUACAAAGAGUAGAUGUGUCAUGCUAGAAACAAUGCAUCUCAAUAAGCCUCAAAGAGACAAAUCGUCAAACAAUAUCAUCAACAAGACUAAUACAUUAAACAAGAAAACAAUUGCUGCAGUUUCUAUUGAGUCCAAACCGGACAUAUGCGUAAUUUGUAAGGAAGGAAAUCACAAAAUUUAUCAGUGCCCAUUCCUUAAGUCAACUCCUCAAGCUAGAAGCAAGGAAGUGAAAAAGUUGAAGGUCCGUUCAAAUUGCAUGAAAGCCAGACACACUCCCGAAAUAUGCGGAUCCAGCCCCUAUCGUUUAUGCCAUAAAAAACACAAUACGUUCUUACAUUUCAAUAAAAACUAGUAUAAAAUUAGGUAAGGUAUAAUACGACAUCAGGUUAUAUCAAUGAAUCGGAAAAUUUAUCAGAAUCUUUUCAAAACGUAUAACACUAUUAAGACUUGAAGCAGAGUGGUCACACAUCUGAAAAGACAAUCUGGCUGACAUUCUAUCCAGAGACACGCAGAAAGUCUCAAGAAUUUUCAACUAUAAUGGACCAAGCUUAACUUCAGAUCGUCAAGAAUGACCUAAUAAAUUUGCUUCGAUAUCGAAUAAACAAAUCCCGGAAAUCAAAAGCCACACCAAUAUCUUUCACUCCACUUCCUCAAGACUUGAGUUAUUCAUCAAACUUUCUUUUUCUCGUUUUAAAUGUGUCGCCGCAUAUUGUCUACGAUUCAAGAACAACAUACUUAACAAAUCAACGAGAAAGACUGGAUUCUUAUCAGUGGAAGAAUUAACGAAACCACAAUAUUACUCAUACAAAUUGUUCACUCCAAAGAAUUUGCAGCAGAAAAAUCUAAUCUAAAAAAGAAGCAAGAAGUGCAUAAUAGAAGUAAACUUAUCACUUUAACUCCAUUCCCCGAUUCAAAAAGUAUAAUUUGCAUAAGUGGUAAACCUGAUCAUGCCAAUAUAGAAUUUUCGCAACGCUAUCCUAUAAUAUUACCUACAAAACAUCCAUUCACAAAAUUAAUUAUUUAAGAUGCGCAUCUUCGGCAAUUAAAUCUUGGAUCACAAGGUCUUUUAGCUCACUUGCAUCAAGCAUUGGAUUAUUUCAGGACGACAGGCUAUUCGUGUUCCCCGAAAUUGACGUUUAUUCCUCCGUAUUCUCCACAUAUGGGAGGGCUCUGGGAAGCCACAAUUCGGCAAAGACUCAUCUAGAAAAGAUUGUAGAUAUUACAUUACUAACCUUUGAAGAACUUAGCACGAUUAUCGCUCAAAUUGAGGCAAUAUUGAAUUCACUAUGUCUAAUUUCAGAUGAUUCUCAAGACUAUUCCGUGCUUAUAUCUGGACAUUUCAUUAUCGGCGAAUCAUUAAAUUCAUUUUCAGAGCCCGACCUAAGCGAUGUAAAAAAAAUAUACAAAAAAUAUACAAAACAUAUACUUUUGCUUAUAAUUUUCACAAAUAAAUUAAUAAUGUCAUUAAUAAUUAUAUUAAUAAUGAUAUAUACUCACUAGUAUACCAACGUAAUGGACUAAAUUUCCUUCUCCAAUAAUACAGUACAGUUAGAAUCCGUAACAAUAUAGAAGAUACUGAGAAUGAUAGGACUUCCCCAAGCAAAGAUAGAAUAUAUAAGCUUCUUUCUGCUUUGCGAUUUCAUAUUUUUUUAUAACGAACGAAAAUCUUUGCGAAAUAUAAUUUACA